AUGAAAGAGAUAAAUGAAGAAGCUAAACGAAAAGCUGAAGAAAUUAGGCAAAAAAAGGAGGCUGCAGCUCAAAAAAAAGAAGCAGCGGCCCAAAAAAAAGAAGCAGCGGCCCAAAAAAAAGCAGUAGCCCAAAAAAAAGUGGAGGUAGUCAACCGAAAAAGAGGUUGGCCAAAAGCUAAACCUAGUACAGAUAAUGAAUCAG